CGUUCCCUUGGAAAAUUACCGGGAAUCACAUGUACAAUAAUCGUAGUCGUAGCGUAACCUGUAUAUAUUUAUUUCUAAACACAGAGCAACAUGUCAUUUGCAUCAGCAAUAUCGCGGUUUCCGUCGUUAGCUGUUUCACGGUCAGCUCCCUUUACACUACGUAAAAGCAUCGUUCUUCGAAGAAUGGCUUCUCAGCUGGCAGCCGGUUGUUCUGUUAUUCGAGGACAUUUCGAAUCCUUACCCGCCAAGGUACAAGACUAUGUUGCUGACAAAGUCGAACUGUGCCAACCAGACAACGUUUAUAUUUGUGAUGGAUCUAAAGAAGAGAACGAGUCCCUCAUCAAUGAGUUGAUCGAGGCUGGUGUGCUUACCAAACUUACUAAAUAUGAUAACUGUUUCUUGGCGCGUACUGAUCCACGCGACGUGGCACGUGUGGAGUCUAAAACAUACAUUUGUACAGAGGAGAAACGAGAAUCAAUUCCAGCAGCCAAAGAUGGAGUUAAAGGCCAGUUGGGUAACUGGAUGAGUAUAGAAGCUAUGAAGAAAGAGUUGGGUAAACGAUUUCCUGGAUGUAUGAAAGGUCGCACCAUGUAUGUGAUGGCAUUCAGUAUGGGUCCUGUGGGAUCACCUGUAUCCAAGAUUGGUAUUCAGGUUACUGACUCUCCUUAUGUUGUGUGCUCCAUGCGCAUAAUGACUCGGAUGGGUGCAGAGGUUUUGAAAGUUCUUGGCGACAGCGACUUUGUGAAGUGUCUUCACUCGGUUGGUGUGCCUAAACCUGAACCACCAUCUCAGUACAAAUGGCCAUGUAAUCCAGAUAAGACCAUCAUCUCUCAUUUUCCUCAUGAUCGUGAGAUUAAGUCAUUUGGAAGUGGUUAUGGAGGAAAUUCUCUACUGGGAAAGAAGUGUUUUGCUCUAAGGAUUGCUAGCACUCUUGGUCGUGAUGAAGGAUGGCUGGCAGAGCAUAUGUUGGUUGUGGCUCUCACAAACCCUAAAGGUGAGAAGAAGUACAUUGCUGCUGCCUUCCCAAGUGCGUGUGGAAAAACAAAUCUGGCCAUGAUGACACCAACACUACCAGGGUGGAAAGUUGAGUGUGUUGGAGAUGACAUUGCUUGGAUGUGGUUUGAUGAAGAAGGUCAACUUCGGGCCAUCAACCCAGAGAGUGGCUUCUUUGGAGUUGCACCAGGGACAUCAAACAAGACCAACCCAGUUGCUAUGGAUACUUGCCAAAAAGGAACACUUUUUACAAAUGUUGCCCAAACAAGUGAUGGUGACUUUUGGUGGGAAGGUUUACCAUUACCAGAGAAUGCAAAUAUCACAAGCUGGCUAGAGGAGAAAAACUGGAAGCCUGGCAACACCAAGGCAGCACAUCCUAACUCCAGAUUCUGUGCACCAAUCAGUAAUUGCCCGAUCAUGGAUGCUGACUGGGAGAAUCCUAAGGGUGUUCCUAUCAGUGCAAUAUUGUUUGGUGGCCGACGCCCUCAGGGAGUUCCAUUAGUGUAUGAGGCCUUUAACUGGCAGCAUGGGGUGUUCAUUGCCUCAUCUAUGUCGUCAGAGGCCACAGCCGCUGCAGAGCACAAGUCUAAAACAGUCAUGAGAGAUCCCUUUGCCAUGAGACCCUUCUUUGGCUACAAUUUUGGCAAGUACAUGGAGCAUUGGCUUAGUAUGGCCAAAAAUCCAAAUCACAAGUUGCCAAGAGUUUUCCAUGUAAAUUGGUUCCGCACUGAUGAAAAUGGCAAGUUUUUAUGGCCAGGGUUUGGAGAGAAUAGCCGUGUUUUGGAGUGGGUGUUAAGACGUUGCAGUGGAGAGGACAUUGCCGAUCCCAGUCCAAUUGGAUUCAUCCCUAAGAGUGAUACAAUCAACACACAAGGUCUUGAAGAAUUGGACAUGGAGAAGUUGUUUAGCAUUCCUAAAGACUACUGGAUGGAAGAAUGCCAGUCUUUACGGAAAUAUUAUGAUGAACAACUUGGUGAAGACUUGCCCCAAGCUGUUCGCGACGAGUUAAAUGCUCUUGAAGGAAGACUCCAGGCAGUUUAAAUGGCUGUAGAUAAAUAGCUGUAGAAAGCACACUUUUAGGUUAAUUCUAUGUAAAAUCUCUAUUUAUGCAUCACAUCAUGGAACAUCCUAAAAACCCAGUUUUUGCCAGGAAGCUUUGGUGCACUGUGCAGCAUUGGAAGACAGUAGAAACCUGACUAUCAUGUGAACCAAAACAGUAACAUGUGCAAAAAGCAUAAUGGUCAAUACUGGGUCUUUUAGUUUGCGUGGAGUGAAAUCAAGUUGAGAUUUCCUCAUCUGCAGUGUACUAGUAAUGAUUAGUAUCACCCAACUAGUGGACUAAAGCAAAUCCUGUAUUUUAAUUGGCUACGCUACUAGAGGACUAUUAGUAAUAGUCCUCAAGUUGCAAAAUUGGCUCAAUCGAGCAUGACGCUUUCUUUCAUUUUAUUCCCAAAUAAGUAUUUCUUUAACUUGCAUUUGCUAACUUUAUUAUUGCCUUUUC